AUGGGUUAUGACGAUAGUUCAAGGAAGAAGAAGCUCGCCAUUCUGAGCGUCUCUUCAAUCCUCCUUGUGGCAGCCGUAGUUGGUGCCGUGACUUAUGGUUCUAGCCAUAAGAAUGUUGAAUCACCCUCCGCCGGGGCAGAUGCCGCGCCUGUAACAUCUUCCUCCAAGGCUAUACAAAGCCUUUGCCAGCAUACUGAUUAUAAGGAAACCUGUGAAGAUAGCCUGUCAAAAGCCAAGAACACCAGUGACCCCAGAGAACUUGUAAAGGUUGCCUUCCAAACAACGGUUGAUAACCUCGGCGAAGUCAUCAAGAACUCAUCUCUUCUCCAGAAUGCUGCCAAGGACCCCAGGACUUCUGAGGCCCUGGACAUUUGCAAAGAAGUUUUGAACACUGCGAUUGAUGACUUCAAGAGGUCCUUCGAUAAGGUUCAGAACUUUGAUAUCAGCAAGUUGGAUGACUACGCGGCUGAUCUCAAAACAUGGUUGAGUGGUGCAAUCACGUUGCAACAGACUUGUUUGGAUGCAUUUGAGAAUACAACAGGUGAUACCGGAGAGAAAAUGAAGCAACUCAUGAGAACUGCUGUUCAGCUCUCUAGCAACGGCCUUGCUAUUGUCACAGAUUUCUCUGAGAUUUUGGGAACCUUGGCAAUCCCCGGCCUCAGCCGAAGACUCCUGUCUGCUGAAAAGAGAAAGCUUGAUGAGGAAAAUUUUGUUGAGCGUAGGCUCCUUCAAGUUGACCCUGCUUCAAUCAAGCCUAAUGCCAUAAUUGCUCAAGAUGGAAGUGGCACCUUCAAGACCAUUCGGGAUGCUAUUAAUACUGUCCCCAAGAAUAACACUACACCCUUUGUCAUUCUUAUCAAGGCUGGUGUCUACAAGGAAGUCAUUUUAAUCCCAAGACGCAUAAACAAUGUUGUGAUUAUGGGAGAAGGCCCAAAUGUUACCAAGAUCACCGCAAACAAGAACUACGUUGAUGGCAUUGGCACUUUCCACACUGCAACUGUUGCCAUUAAUGGAGAUGGAUGCAUCCUUAGAGACAUUGGAAUUGAGAACUCAGCUGGACCAGAAAAGCAUCAGGCUGUGGCACUUCGUGUUUCAGGCGAUAGGACCAUUGUUUACAAUUGCCAAAUAGAUGGCUACCAAGAUACCCUUUACAGCCAUACCUACCGCCAGUUCUACCGCGACACAACCAUCAGUGGAACCAUAGAUUUCAUCUUCGGCGAUGCUGCAGCAGUUUUCCAGAACUGCAAGCUGAUUGUGAGGAUGCCACUUGUGAACCAAGCUUGCAUGGUCACAGCUCAAGGCAGGAAUAACAGCCGUAGCACCGGAGCCAUCGUCCUCCAAAACUGCUCAAUCGUGGCAGACCCAGCUUUGCUGUCUGCUGAUCCACCAGUCAGGGCAUAUCUUGGACGUCCAUGGAAGGAAUACUCAAGAACCAUCAUCAUGCAAUCCAACAUCGACGGAUUCAUUGAUCCACAGGGAUGGUCCCCAUGGAUGGGUACUUUUGGGCUGAAAACGUUGUACUAUGCUGAAUACCAGAACAGAGGUCCAGGUGCCAAUACAGAUCAGAGAGUUGAUUGGCCAGGUUUCCAACAUAUCACUCCACAGAUUGCUGAGAGCUUCACUCCUGGCAAAUAUUUUAUCGGUGAUUCAUGGAUAACAGCCUCUGGCUUUCCCUACGUUCCUGGCACGAUGAAAGUGUAA